AUGUCAUCGCAAUACCCACUCCCUGAGUUGUGGACUCACGUCGUCCGCAACAAGAAGAAGGGCAAACAGAAGCAACAACAACAACAAAACGUCUCGUUCAACCCUACUCUGAUCACCCCCUCCUGUUUCGCCUGCAGAUUCGAGCCAGAACGUUUCCGCAUCAAACUCAACUCCAGCACCUAUUGCUAUGGUACGCCCAUUCAUGAAAGGAGUAGAAGAGAAUUCCGUCUUUAUCGCUUGGCAACGGUGAAGAAUCGAACUUUAUUAGACAAGGCUUUGGUCAAGUUUAAUGAAGAAGCGGAAAGGACAGAUAUGUAUGAAAACUUUCUUGGAUACAGAAAACAAACUCGACAAUACCUCGGCCACCACUAUUUGGAAACGCUGUGGCUUCCAACCUCUGCAGGCCGCAAGCACCUCAUCGAGAAUGGAAUCACCUUGGAGGAUGGGACUUACCUCAAGGGAUUUCCCUCUUUUCCUGAAGAUGCCAAUAUUGUCCACGCAACGAUGGAGAAGCUUCCCUUUCUUCCAGCUGUGCAACUGAAGAAGGAAAUGGCUGAACGCUUCUCUUGCUUCGGAGAUGUCUUGGAUCAUGGAAUUUUCAAGACGGAGAAUGGGAUCUUCCAGGGGAAAGGGUACGCCACCCUCAACCUCACGUUAUCCCAUGACCCGCGAAACGAAUGUAUGGAUCUACAUGAACCUGGAUUUGAAUGUAACGGAAAGCGACACUUGGAGCCUCUCAACAGAGUUAUUAUUUGGGAUACGCGACUUUCUGCCGUCACUGCCAGAAGCCUGAUCAUUGUCGUGCCGAUUGUCCAGAUUAUCACAAAUGGGCAAUUUGCUGCCACUGCUGGCCACGUUUCGAAAAAUUAUGAUAGGAACAACGCAGAAUCGGUUCCAGCAAAGGUCCGUGCAGUUGAGAAAUCUCCUGCUAAGCCCAAGGAACGAAAGGGAGCCAAGCCCACUCCUCCAAAGAGGACCGAUUCUGAACGUCGAAGCAAACCAGUAGAAGACAAGGACCAUAUCAUGCCGGAUGCUCCUCAACCUAAUGCUGGUUCACCCACCCCUGAAGCUUCUCAACAACAAACCAAAAUGACUGGAGACACCAUUAUGGAAGAGAACAACACGAAUACGAAGUUGUCUGAUGCGGAUGCAUUAAACAGUGUUUCCAAGGAUGUUCGCAGAUCUCAUCCUGAAUUUGAUCCCUCGAAAUCAGCGAAGAAGUUAACCCGCCAGGAAGGUUCUUUAGAUAUCGGUGAUGCCAGAUAUCAGCACGCUGAUACCUCUAAUCCCCACAGUGAUACCAGACGCAUGUCUGGUGAUGACACGGAUACGAUUGAUAGGAAUUUGACUCCACCUGCACCUUCAGGUACACCACCUUCCACCAAUCUUUAA